AUGUCUCAGGAUUCGGUUCUGACGGAAAGUGCUGCGCCCACCACUCUCUUUGUGGCUGAUCCAGACCUCAUCUCAGGCGAAUUGGCCGGGCAGUCGGAGCAUGCCACUUUCUACUUUGACCAGACGUCCCAGUUCUACUCACUGCCUAGGGUCCCUGUGGCGACCGGUGGCACGUCGGAAGCAGAAGACGAAUUCAUGUCUGAUUCGAGUUUUGAAGCAAGCACAAGACACUACACAAGACCAAAGAUCGAGCUGGACCUCCAAUCGGACCUUGAAUCGGGCCAUGGGCCGAAUCCAGAAUCGGGCCUCGAAUCGGGCCUGAAAUCAGAACAUGAACAGAACCUGAAACCGGACUAUGAACCGAACCAUAUACCGGACCAUGAACCGAACCUAGAACCGGAGCAUGGACUGGACCAUGAAUCGGGCCUCGAGUCCGAAACCGGAGGAAAAAUGCAGACUCCAAAAACAAAAAGAAGAAGAGUUUGGCACAACCAAAGCCCGCUUCUGAAACCAGGAGGUGCCUCCGCAAAGAAAGAGGCCAUUUCUCGCCGCACCAGGUCACGAGAAGAAAGGCGUUUUCGCGAGGUGGGGAACGUGACCAUCAUAAUCGACAGUCUGGAGAUCGAGUCUUCAGAUGAGGAACCCACCAACUUCCGGCGCGAGUCGCCGGCGGUGAAGAGCGAAAUCAAGCUGGAACCCGGCGUUGAGAAUGGCAUCAAAAUGGAGCCUGGGAGCACUGUAAACGUUCUGUACGACCAUGGCUCCGCUGGCCCCAAUAUGACCAAACUGGAGCCGCAAAGUAGCGUGGCAUCACCCUCGUCUCUGGAGAAUGGUAGCAACACGGGCAAGCAGAUCGCCAGGCCAGUAGUCAGUGACUCUGAUGGCGAAGACAGCGACGACAUACAUGACAAUUCUGGCCCCAUGCCCAUGGCCAGCUGCACACAAGACAUGGCUACCCAGCGAAACAACGGAGAGGGCAAUAGCUACGAUAUCGCGCCAAACACAGAGUGCAUUUACACUCGGCCCAUGAUUCUAGUAGGUGAAGAAUCCAGCGAAGACGACGUUUUCUUAUCUUUGGAAAGUGAAGAAGAAGACGCAGGAGGACCUCCGUCGGACGCCAUAAACCAAAAGAAGCAAAAUUCCAAGCAUGCAAAUGAUAUUGCCAGGCCAGCACGGGGAAACGAAGGACAAAAAAAUGACCAAUUGCAGCUGAAAGAAAAAUCAAUGGCCUCAGGCGAUCUUGGACAUAAGGACUCUCUGUCUGCUGUGUCUAUUGAAGCCACAAAAAGAGGCACCAAAAAGCCUAGGGCCUCAGUUGACACCCUCAGCUUUGAAUGCAGUAAGUGUCCUCAUCGUGUGAAAAAUAAAAGUCAGCUAAUGAAGCACCUUGAGGGACAUGGGGGAACCCGUAAACUAAAGUGCCGUUUUUGUGAUUGGACUGCAAACCGGCUUGAUUAUUUGGACAGUCACAUGUGCUUCCAUAAAGAAUAUGACGAGGUCAAAGACCAGCUUCGCAAAGACUUCUUGCUUCUCGGAAAGCCUCUGGGAAAGGCCGAGUCCAGCGAUGAUUUCAAGUAUCGCUGUGACCAGUGCCAAAUGGCGUUCAAGCGCAAAGAUCAUCUCACAUCCCACAUAAUCGUGCAUUCGAAGGAACGACUCUUUAAAUGUGAGCUCUGUACACAGUCGUUCAAAAGAAAACUGGACUACAAGAGCCAUAAAAGUAUUUGUCCCAACAACAUGAAACAGUGCCCGGACUGCCAGAAGACUUUUAAAAACAUGGCUCUGCUUGAGCGGCACAGGGAAGAACAUAUGGUCUUGAAAUGCACGCUAUGUAUGCGGGCUUUCAAGAACAAGCGGGCUCUCGCACUACAUCAAAGAUUGAAGCACUCAUCUGAAGAAGACCGCUUGCAAAUCGAAGAGCUCGAACAUGAAGGGCAGAGAAAUAUCAGAAGUAAAGGACCGCAAAGUGGGAGUGAAGAGGAACUGGGGGACGAGGUGAAGCAAGAACAGCAAAGUGAGGACCUGGUGCAAACAAAAGAGGACCCAGGUGACGGCCCAAGGUCUUCACACACGCUUUUAGAUAGGGCCCGAGAUUGGUUUCAUUGA